GGCGGCGGCCGGUCGGUCCCAGCAGCCCCAGCGCUGCCCGCAGUGACGGGCGGACAAAGGGGCGCCGCGCCAGCCCGCACCAGCGGCCCCGGGCGGAAUUGCCAAAAUGCUUUGGAAUUCUUAAACGAUUUAAAAACUGAAGUCUCUGAGGAUACAAAGUCAUAAGAACACAAGAAGCAGCAAGGAGGAUUCAGUGCCAAUGCAGCAACAAAAAAGACAGCCAGAGUUAGUGGAAGGAAAUCUUCCUGUUUUUGUUUUUCCUACAGAACUUAUAUUUUAUGCAGAUGACCAGUCAACACACAAGCAGGUGUUGACUCUAUAUAACCCCUAUGAGUUUGCCUUAAAAUUCAAAGUUCUUUGUACAACUCCAAAUAAAUAUGCGGUGGUGGAUGCUACUGGUGCAGUGAAGCCUCAGUGCUGUGUUGACAUUGUGAUUCGUCACAGAGACGUUCGAGCUGCUUACUAUGGUGUCAUAGAUAAAUUCCGUCUCCAAGUGUCUGAGCAGAGCCAGAGGAAAGCAUUAGGGAAAAAGGAAAUUAUUGCCACUCUGCUUCCAUCUGCAAAGGAACAACAACAACAAAAGGAAGAGGAGGAAAAACGAAUAAAAGAACACCUGACUGAAAGUGUCUUUUUUGAGCAGACUUUGUGUCAACCAGGUAAAAACAGAACUGCCUCGUCGGGACCUAGUUUACUCACAGUCUUCCUUGGGGUGGUGUGUGUUGCAGCACUAAUGCUGCCUACGUUGGGGGAAAUGGAAUCCCUGGUGCCUCUCUACCUCCACUUAAGUGUGAAUCAAAAGUUAGUAGCUGCUUAUGUUUUAGGUCUCAUCACCAUGGUUAUUUUGAGAACAUGAGCAAUGAGUUCAUAGGAUGUCAAACACCUUACUGUAUAUUCACAUCAUGAAUGUGGACUGCCUUUUACUCCCAUUUGGCUCAUUAAGAUGCUAGCAAAACUGUUCAGUGAUUUAAGAUACCUUCAGAAGUGUAAUAUAUUUUAACUGUGUAUAAUAAAUGAAAGACUCAAAGCACUUUGUGGUGCUUCUGUAACAGACAGCUAUGAAAUGUUCAGUGAUACCUGUGAAAAUAAUUUGAAAAAACUUUUAUAUCUAUGCCUACUGUAAAAAAUCCUUAUUAAAACAACAUUUGUUAUUUUUAGUCUAUGUUCACAUCAGUGCGUGAUCACUAUAAAAGCAAACUGUCUUCUGUAAAAAUGCUCAUUUGGUUUGUGGUUGUACCUGCCAAGGCUGGCACAUAACACUUCUGUAUUUACAUACCAGAGGGGUGAGAGUCGUGACUGAUCAUUGAGGAAAAUGAAAAAUUCCAUCAGUGGAACUAUGAAAUAAACCAUGAAUUUUAGGUAAAGAAGUAAUUCUCAAAUUUCUUACUUCAUCAUUACCAAUAUAUCGUUGAGUGCUCCUUUUCUUACCUGGGGAAAUAAUUUGUUGCAACAGCCAUUUUGUACCACAGUUAUUAGACAAUAAAAGCAAGUUCUGUAAUCAGAUCCCUUCAUUUCUUAGGGAUGCAUGGAAGUGGCAUUUACAGAAGCUGAACUCGUACUAACACAAAAUAUACAUUUUGUUCUAUUUUAGAGACCAAACUAAGUGAAAUAGCAAAAGCAUUUCUCUACAUCCCUUCCCUCACAGCUACCAUAGAGACUUUUCUAUCAGAAACUCCUGCUUAAAUGCCAGUUUCAUAUUUGAGGUGAACAUUAAUCUUGUUUCAUACAACAAGUAUUUCCCUUCAUUUGACAUUUCAUUGUCAAGAUGUUAAUUCUAAAAGGGCAGCUAUUACUGCACUGGAUCACUGGAUUCAUACAGACAAAUCUUUAAUUGUAAGAAGUCUAUAGAGUAUGCUCUGAUAUGAAUAAUAAAAUUUGGAAAUCAAA